GUGGCCGUUGGGGGCGCUGUGGCCGCGCCCCUUCCUCUGGCCACGCCCCUUCCCUCUCCGGCGGAGGAGGAGGCGGCGGCGGAAGAUGGCGGCGCUGGUGCCCCUCGGCGGGCCGCAGCUUUCUGCUGGGAGCCCUUCGUACGAGAUCUAUUACAAGCAGGUGGAUCCAGCGUGUGUGGGGAGAAUUGGGGCCAGCGAUGCUGCUUUGUUCCUUAAAAAGUCAGGCCUUGCAGAUGCCAUUCUUGGAAAAAUAUGGGAUUUGGCAGAUCCGGAGGGUAAAGGAUUCCUAGACAAGCAGGGCUUCUUUGUUGCGCUGCGGCUGGUGGCCUGUGCACAGAGUGGCCAUGAGGCCAGCCUGAGCAACCUGGGCCUGGCUUUGCCACCUCCCAAAUUUCACGACAGUCCGAGUCCUCUGCAGAGCUCCUCCUUGUCUUUUUCGUCAGACGGCCACUGGGCUGUCAGAGUAGAAGAGAAAGCCAAGUUUGAUGGCAUUUUUGAAAGCCUUUUGCCAGUCAACGGGUUACUUUCGGGAGACAAAGUGAAGCCAGUGUUGAUGAACUCUAAACUACCUCUUGAUAUUCUUGGAAGGGUCUGGGAUCUCAGUGAUAUUGACAAAGAUGGUCAUCUUGACAAAGACGAAUUUGCUGUGGCAAUGCACCUGGUCUAUCGCGCCCUUGAGAAGGAGCCCGUCCCCUCUGUGUUACCCCCAUCUCUCGUCCCGCCUUCCAAGCGGAAGAAGAUGCCCGCCUUCCCUGGAGCAGUCCCUGUUCUUCCUGCUAGCCCUCCCCCCAAAGACAGCCUGCGCUCUACCCCCUCCCAUGGCAGCGUAAACAGCCUGAACAGCACCGGGAGCCUGUCGCCCAAGCACAGCCUCAAGCAAGCUCAGGCCCCUGCCACCUGGGUGGUGCCGAUGACUGACAAGGCUCGCUAUGACGAGAUUUUCUUGAGAACAGACUUGGACUUGGAUGGGUUUGUGAGCGGUCAGGAGGUCAAGGACAUCUUCGUGCACUCUGGUCUUUCCCAGACGCUCUUAGCGCACAUAUGGUCCUUGACUGACACAAGGCAGACGGGGAAGCUCAAUAAAGACCAGUUUGCCCUGGCCAUGUUCUUCAUUCAGCAGAAGGUCAGUAAAGGCAUUGAUCCUCCCCAGGUGUUGCUCCCAGAGAUGAUUCCUCCCUCAGAAAGGACCACUCCUGUACAGACUCUCUCAGGCUACUUGGCCUCUGUAGGACCUGAGAUCUCGAUGCUCGCAGAAAUGCGUCGUGACAGCUCCAGUUCCAUCGGAUCCGGGGAAUUUACUGGCGUGAAAGAGUUGGAUGAUAUCAGCCAGGAGAUUGCCCAGCUGCAGAGGGAGAAAUAUUCUCUAGAGCAGGACAUCCGAGAGAGGGAGGAAGCAAUCCGGCAGAAGACAACUGAAGUCCAGGAUUUGCAAAAUGACUUAGACCGCGAAGCCAACAGCUUGCAAGAACUGGAAGCUCAGAAACAGGACGCGCAGGAUCGCCUGGACGAGAUGGACCAGCAGAAGGCCAAGCUCAAGGACAUGCUGAGCGACGUGAGGCAGAAGUGCCAGGAAGAGACGCAGGUGAUUUCAUCGUUAAAAAUGCAGAUUCAGUCCCAGGAGUCAGAUCUAAAAUCUCAGGAAGACGACAUCAGUAGAGCAAAAGUGGAACUGAAUCGUCUUCAGCAGGAAGAGACUCAGCUGGAGCAGAGCAUCCAGGCUGGGAAAGCGCAGCUGGAAACGAUAAUAAAGUCUCUGAAGUCGACUCAGGAAGAAAUCAAUCAGGCCAGAAGCAAGCUUUCUCGGUUGCAAGAGAGCCAUCAGGAGGCCAGUAGAAGCAUCGAUCAGUGUAACAAAGCCCUGAAUGGGGUCCAUGGUGGCAGCAUGACCAAUCUGGCUGACCUGAACGAGGGAAACCCACAGAAGAUCAGAGGCAGCUUUGGAACCUUGGAUGAUCCAUUCAAGAACAAGGGCGUGAUGUUCAGCGGUAACACCCAGGAGCUGCACCCGGACCCCUUCCAGGCGGAAGACCCCUUCCGGACAGACCCCUUUAAAGGAGCAGAUCCCUUCAAAGGCAGUGAUCCGUUCCAGAAUGACCCUUUUGCGGAGCAGCCCCCUGCAGCAGCUGAUCCAUUCGGAGGAGAUCCUUUUAAAGAAAGUGACCCGUUCCAGACUUCCAUGCCAGAGGAUUUCUUUAGGAAGCCUGUGAAAAGCGAUCCAUUUGUGUCCGACUCGUUCUCAAAGAGUCCUGCUCUGCCCCCUAACAAGCCUCACAGCUUUGAGAACUCUGAUCCGUUCGUGAUGUCAAGUCUUUCCUUGAAAGGCCCAGAUCUUUUCGGGACGUUGGAUCCAUUUGGCAGCAGCGCUUUCAAUAGCAAUGAAGGAUUUGCAGAUUUCAGCAGAAUGUCAAAGCCUCCAGCACCAGAUCCUUUCAGCUCCUCUGUCACAGGGGGCGGCUUUUCAGAUGACUCCUUUAAGAAUAAGCUGGACACUCCUGCUCUGCCGCCAAAGAAGAACAUGCCCCCGAGGCCCAAGUUACCCAGCGGUAAAAGUACUCCUGUAAGUCAACUUGGGUCUUCCGAUUUUGCCAAGCCCCCUGAUCCAUUCCAGCCGUUUGGGUUUGACAGCAGUGACCCAUUUCAGAGUAAAAAGGGGUUUGGGGACCUAUUUAGUGGAAAGGACCCGUUUGCUCCCUCCUCUUCGAGUAAACCUUCUAAAGACUCUUCCCUGGGGUUUGCUGACUUCAGCUCUCUUGGCAAUGAGGAGCAGCAGCUGGUGUGGGCCAAGCGUGAGAGUGAGAAGGCAGAGCAGGAGAGGCUGGCGCGGCUGCAGAGGCAGGAGCAGGAGGACCUGGAGUUGGCCAUCGCCCUCAGCAAGGCAGACAUGCCAGCCUCAUAAGACCGGGCCCCACCCACCGAGCCUGCCCGCCCACCCGAGCCCCCGCCCACCGAGCCUGCCCAGACUUCAGGUGGCUGCUUUGCUUGCUCACGUUCCAGAGUAAUUCCAAUUGCCGACUGGGACGGGCUGGCUAGAGCUGCCAAGUGUAACGGGCAUGCCUUCGGCCACCUGCUGCGCUCCCCCCCGGGAUGUAAUCUGGUCAGAAGCGUGUGAUCGGCUUGAUCACUUGCAAGGCAGCUGAAACUGGCAGCUGAGCCUCCUGCAGUGGGACCUCGGGACCCCUCCUGGUGCCACUUUUUGCAGCACGAACACAGCGGAGACGGAAACUGCCACGCGUGGAUUGCCAAGGCCAGCGAUAUCCGUGGUGACCGUGGAGCGGGGCAUCCUGUUUUGAGUUAGCGAGUCACCUGUGUGCUACUGCUCCGACUCUCAGUCCCAACACGUUUCUUGCUUGUCUUAAGAAAGGAGCACCCUUGGACCAUUACAGAAGUGGGGCUUGGUUGUCCCUGGACUGACCACAUCGGACUGCUGGUGGGAGCUCACAGGUUCCUUCCAACCAGUGUUGCCCAGAGUCCACUGAUACAGAGCAGGGCUCGAGCCUAGUCCCUGACAUUCUCAGUGGUUCUAGGCCAGGAUUCCUUGACGGUCGAGCCUUUUGUAAUGAAUGGUGAGGAAUAACACUCCACCGUCACUGCCUCUGAGAAGGACUAUCCCUCUUCCAUCUGGUUAAUUGUGAGGCUGUUGCUGAUUGCCCCGGAAAACGAGUUGGCAUCUGGGGCAUUGGAUGGUAAAAGGCAAGGGGACCUUGUGAACCAGUGAUGCUUCAUACUGAAACCGAGGAAACCGUGUUCAUGGCCCCCAAGAGCAGGGCUGUGUGAGCAUUGUUUGAUCCCCACCCCCAGAACACGCAGAAAGCCCCCUUCGUUGCCCUGACCUCUCUCCCUCCUCCGAAUGAGGCGUGAGCACUCAUGGGCCACCCGUGAUUCUCCUUGGCAAGCGGACGGCGUUUCCCCAGAGGCGGAAGAAUACUGCUAGUGCCACCUGUGCUCAAUAAUUCAUAGACUGGUCAGGUGGGGCCAGACAACCUGACUGUGAAACCUGUGCACGGAGCAGUUCUGCCCCCAAACCUCCCCUAACCACACCCACUGAUCCCACCCUGCCGCAGGAACAGUGCCAGACUUUUAGAGCUCGAAUUCUGAUUCUGAGACGCUUCCGGAGGGGAUGCAGUUCCAGAUGUCCGCGUGAAGCACCUUGAACGGUUGCUGCCAAAAAACAGCUGGAUGGGCUUCUUCUGACCUCACCUAUUGAAGAACUGCUGCUGAGGUUCCACUCAAUGCUAACUGAGCCCCCCUCCCCCCCAUCCCACCCCAUUGCCUUUACACACUUCUGUGGUGUUCGUUCAGUCCCCGUUCUCUGUGCCUCAACUCUGUGUGCGUGCCUGCCUUGUCAGACUGCCCCCCUUGCUGUGGGAGCUCCUGGUGCAGAGGCUGCCGGCAGUGCCACUGCUUUUCCCAGGUGUGUCCCAGGCGUGUGUCCCCUUCUCUUGUGUUUUCUCUUUUGUUGGUGCGUUCCUCUGGAGGCUGCCUCCCAGUCUAUUGGGGGGGGGGGCAGGGUCUUCUGCUGGUUUGUGACAGCCCUCCCCAAUAAUGCUGCAAAGUCACUGUAUCCUUCUCACAUGGCUGUGAAUCUUCCUUGAAUUUCUGCCCUGCCUCUGUAACAACGUGGUCAGAACUGCAGUGACAGCAGUCUGGGUUUCUCAGACUUGUUGGCCUCCCCUCUGGUUGCAGGGAGGAGCCACUGCCUCUAGGUUGGCUGGGCUGGGCAUCUGCCUUCCCGCUGGAGGGAAGCUGGCCCUCCUGCCCGCCCGCGGAGUAGUGAAGCAGCUGAGUCUCCAAGGUGUCUUUAAAGCAGACCUGGGCAUUAUACGGCCCGCGGGCCACAUCCGGCCCGCUGGAUGACCCUGACUGGCCCCCCUGCCGUGCUGGGGAGCGAGGCGUCUUUG